CCAAAUAGCCAUAUGCGUGAACCGUAUCAGCACAGGAUUGAUUUAUUUAUUUAUAUUUUUGCCUCACUGGAGUCGGCUUCAUUGCCAACUGCAUAGAAUGUAUUGAUAUCAGGGUAAUAAGAUUGCAAUUUAAAAUAAUGUAAAUGCGGUGUUUAUAGUCUUACAUUUUUAUAUAUAAAAUUCUAUGGGGACAGGGUAACUAAUGCGAGUAAUAUUUAUGAAAAGUUCUUGCAAGAUUCAAACUUCAACAAUUACGUAUUCUUCAGCUAAAAUGUUAAACGGUAAUAUUCCAGAGUAACAGACACAAGAAUAUUGCUGAUGACUCUAUUCUUACCCAGACAUGGCGGAGGAUAUGUCAUCAAGUUCUGAAGAGGAGGAUAUAUCAGAUAGGGAAAAGUUAGAUAAUAAAGCUUAUAUAUUGUCUGAGGAUGAAGACUGUGAAGAAGAUGAAGAUGACAGUCCGUAUGAAGAACCAGAGGAACCAACAGCAUUUUCUAAAGCACAAAAUGAUGCUGAGACUCAGAUACUUGAAGGAAAUAUUACUUCGUGGGAGUGGUUGUCCACGCCGUUCAUCCCAUACCGCCACGAUUUCGCUGAGGCAACUUCAGGCGUGAAUCCAAACUUAGGACUGAGCGCGGCCUCACAAGAGAUCGAUUUGUUCUGCCAUUUUUUGGAUGAGCCAUUGAUUUCUUAUAUCUGCAAUGAGACAAAUCGAUUCCAUAAGCAGACAAAAGAAAAUGUGGCCCUAACGCCCCGCUCUAGACUCCAGUCAGUUUCAAGGAGUUUUAUCUUUUCCUGGCUCUGAUGCUUCUUACUCCACAUGUAAAGAAAAAUGAGUUGCCCUUAUACUGGUCGAAAGAUUCUUUGAUACACACCACCACGUUCGGCCACAUCAUGUCGUACAGGCGUUUUGUUUUGUUACUGCAUAACCUUCACUUUGUAGACAACAACAUCACACAGACGGAUCCUGAUCGACUGAGAAAGAUUAGACCGGUACUUUCGAUGAUAACAAACAAGUUCAGAACCACUUUUUAUCCGUUUCAAAAUGUAGUGAUAGAUGGGAGCCUCAUGUUAUGGAGGGGAAGGCUAGGAUUCAGGCAGUACAUACCUUCAAAGCGCCCUAGGUAUGGCAUCAAGGCGUUUGUUUUGUGCGACUGCCAAACUGGUUAUAUCCUUGAUAUCAUUCCUUUUACCGGAAAGGAUACUGCAAUGGAUAGGCAUGCUGAUGUAGGAGUAUCCGGUUCAGUUGUUUUGACAAUGUUGGGGCCAUAUAAGGGACGAGGCUAUAUAGUUUACCUUGACAAGUGGUACUCAAGUCCCCUACUAUUUAGCAAUUUGCACGCAUUGAACAUAGGUGCAUGUGGUACAGUCAGAUCGAACAGGAAACAUCUACCAACGUUUCCUAAAUUGAAAAAAGAGAAGUAAAAUCAUACCAUGCAAACAAUGUGUUAGCACUGAAAUGGAAUGAUAGAAAAGAUGUAACACUUCUCACAACUGUGUAUAAUGAUGAAAUUGUUACUAUGGAAAGAGAAAGGGAUGACCAACCACAGCUAAAGCCAAAAGCAAUUCUAGAUUACAAUAAGAACAUGAGACUGGUAGAUAAGAGCGACUUGAUGAUCAGUUUCAGUGAAUGCCUAAGAAAGACGCGGAAGUGGUAUAAGAAGUACUUCUUCCACCUCAUGGACCUGUGCCUGUUGAAUGCUUACUACAUACAUUGUUCACUGACAGGGAAAAAAACAGGUCUGAGAGUGUUUUCACUGACGUUGGUACGUCAGCUGUUGGAGAAAUAUAGCCCCCCCACAGCCCCCUCCUGCCCCUCUGGUUCUUCCCGUCGAAGGUAGGCUCCAACGUGGCCGUCAUUACCCGGCGAAUGUGCCAUCGACAGAGAAAAAGAAAAACGCACAGAGGAUCUGCCAUGUGUGUGCCCACACUCAGUUGAAACAAAUAAAGAAGUCCUACACCAGGUACAUGUGUAAGGAAUGUAAUGUGCCCCUUUGUAUUUUGGGGUGCUUUGAAGUGUACCAUGAGAAAGUUGUGUUCUAGAUGUUGAAAUGUUGAUAUGUAGAGAUGUAGAAAAUAAAACUGCUGUAUAGAA